AUGAAGCUCUCUACCAUUUCUUUCGCCACUCUCAUGGCUGCUGCCAAUGCCCUUGAUACUUCCAACCCCUUCGUUCUGAAGGUCCAUAAGCCGGGUUCCGACAUUGACGGUACCCGACUAUCUAUCCUUGGGGAUGACAUGUACCUGGCUAAUAAGGGAGGCAUGUACCUCUUUACCCUGUCCAACAACGGCUCAAUUAUGACCCAGUACGGUCCUGGUCUUGAGUUCGAUCACGAUGACGAGGUCGAGACCUCCUCCAAGGGUCGAAAGAUCACCGCCGGCCUCAAGUUCAAUGACGACGAUAUCCUCCAGAUUCCUGGUAACGAUAUGGGACUCAUUGCUUGCCCCGUUCAUGAUAAGGAGGCCCAGUACGCGGUCAAGGCUGGUGGACACUGCCGUGGCGGCAUCUCCUUCGAGGCCAAGGCUGAGAACGAUGACAGAGCCCCUGGCUGGCCCAAGUCUGGCGACAAUUCUGACGUCGACACCUCCAAGCCCUUUGGUCUGAUUCCCGAGGCUGACGGUGAGGACUUCAACGAUAUGGCGCUUGUCAUGCUUGACGGGGAGAUGUGGCUCUCCAACGUGGGAGACGCUGUCUACACUCUUGAGCAUGGUGUCCUCAGGACCUCUUACGGUAAGGGUAUCGAGUUUGAUCACGAUGACCAGGUCGAGACUUCUCGCCACAAGUUCACCAGAGGUGUGUGGAUUGAUAACGGUGAGCUCAGGGUCCACGGUCAUGAUAUGGGUUUCCGACUCUGUCCCAAGGAGGGCAAGAUUGCUCCUUACGAGGUUAAGAAUGGUGGAAACUGUCGAAACGGAAAGAACAUUGCUGUCAAGGUCGCCCCUCUUGACAACAACCGAGAUGCCGCUGCCGGCGCCGGUUCCAACAACUCCAACUCUUCUUCAGGAGGCUCUUCCUCCACCGCUACUUCUUCCGGCACCGCUUCGUCUGGUUCUUCUGCUUCCUCUACUGGUGGCUCUUCUGCCUCCUCCACUGGCGACUCCUCUUCUCGAGCAACCGGUGCUGCUGGCUCUUCCUCCACCAUGGCUGCCUCUGCCACCGCAGGAAACAAGAACGCCGACUCUUCCUCUUCUUCUUCUUCUUCUUCCCCUACUGCUGACAACUCUAACUCCGCCGCCCUCAACAUUGCUUCUGCUGGAGCCAUUGCUGCCGCCUUUGCUGCUCUCCUCAUUUAG